UUUGUAAACGAGAACAAGCAAAAUAUGUAAUACAUGUGUAAAUCUAUAGUCUUCGAUGUAUAGAGUUUUCUUUGAAUCCAGUUAAUAUUGUUUUAUGAAAGAUACAAUGAAGUUAAAAAAAUAGAUCUUUUUUUUUAUUUUUUUAAAUUAUUUGACAAGAAAUUGUCAUAAUCUUUUUAGCAUGAUGAUAGAAAUUCAUCCAUUGACAAACAAUCCUACGGCAGCUUGGCAUGAAUUAUCACAACAGCAAAAAGUUAUUAAAAUAAAUACUAAACUUCCAACAACUGAUGCGCCGAAUGAUAAGCUUCGUGUUGUUUGUAUGAGCGAUACUCAUUCAUUAACACCAUUUAUAAAAUUUGAUAUACCUAUGGGAGAUGUCUUUAUACAUGCUGGAGAUUUUACAAAAUGUGGUAGUUUACAAGAAGUUAUAGACUUUAAUGAUUGGAUUGGUAAUUUACCACACAGAAAUAAAAUUGUUAUAGCUGGUAAUCAUGAACUUAGCUUUGAUCCUACAUUUACUCAUCCCUUUUCUUUACAAACCAGUGGUAAUCGUCAAAAACAUACAGGGACCAGCAUUCUUGAUAACAUACCUACAUUAGGAAUGUCCAAAGAUACUCUCGCAGAAGCAAUACAGACUACUAAUAUUAAAGAUUAUUUGACAAAUUGUAUUUAUUUAGAAGAUUCAGAAAUUAUAAUACACGGAAUAAAGAUAUAUGGCACUCCAUGGCAACCAGAAUUUUGUAAAUGGGCAUUUAAUGUACCUCGUGGAGAAGCAUGUCUUUCAAAAUGGGAAAUGAUACCAUCAGAUACAGAUAUUCUUGUAACACAUACACCACCUGUAGGACAUGGAGAUUUGUGUUGUAGCGGUGUAAGAGCUGGAUGCGUCGAAUUACUUUCUACGGUUCAAAAUCGAGUUAAACCAAAGUACCAUGUUUUUGGUCAUAUACACGAAGGAUAUGGUAUCUCAACCGAUGGAAAAAUAAUAUAUGUAAAUGCAUCAACAUGCGAUUUAAAUUAUUUACCAAGUAAUCCACCAGUAGUCUUCGAUAUAACAUUACCAUCUGGUCAUUAUAAAUCAUAAAAAAGAUUAAAUAUAGUAAUAAAUUUCAUUACAUUUCUUACAUACAAACAUAUUAAUCAAGUAUAUAUAAAAAAAACAUUAAUUUAUUUAUGUAUAUAUUUUUAUGAAUUUUGUUACAUAUUACAUUAUCUUUUAUAUUUAAUACUAUUCUAGAAAAUUGCAGAUCACAUAUAAAAAAAUUAUAAUUCUCAGAUAUUGAUAUUAAUAUUGCCUAGUUUUUUAAAAUACUUAACAAACGCUGAAAAUAAUUUUUAAUAUUACCAAGUUUGUUUAUCUUUACUUAUCUUUACAAAUGUAAAAAUAUUAUAAUCAUUUUUUAAAAUAUUAUUCAUUAAUUUUAUUCAUAUAAAAUAACAUGUAAAUAGAACACUUUUGUACUUAUGAAAUUUUAGUUAUAUUAUUUUAAGAAACUAUUUUACAAAUAUGUUAAAGAAAUUAAAAAUACUUCAAAGUAUUCAAAUAUUACAAGACUCCUGCAUACUGUAUAUUUUUUUAUACGAAAAUUACAUAAUUUCAUUUUUAUUAAGUUAUUGUAUAUAAUAUAAUAAGUUAAGUUAUAUACGUCUUUGUCAUGUUUUUGUCGAGUGUACACAAAAUUUUAAUUAUUUAUUUUGUCAGCAAAAUAUUUGAUAUCGCAGUGUACAUCGUAUAUUACAUAUACAUCGUAAAUAAUUAAUUCAUAAUUCAUAGAUUAUUUGUAAUUUUUAAUGUAAUAAACAAUAUUCAUUAAUAAUAACGUGCAAUAUAGAAUAAUAUUUGAGUAUUAAAAUUUAAUAUAUAGGAAAUAGAACAAUAUGUUCUAAUUAGUAACGAAAAUUCAAUAUAUUAAAACUUUAUAUUUAAUCAAUCGAAUAAUUUGAGAUUUUAGUUACAUUUUACGAAUGAUAUAAUUUUUAAAGAAAAUAAAAUAUUUCUAAAAAUGCUUUAAUCGUUUGAACUAAUGGUACGAUAAUAAAAUAAUAUUAAUAGUAAAAUGUACAUAAUUUUUAUCAUAGUAAUAAAACAUUUAAAUUCAAAUUACAUUUUUUAAAAAUAUUUAUUAUAAUAUCCAAUUUAUUAUAACAAGUAGUACUUUUUUAAAUUGAGAAAAAUUUGCAUAUAAACAAUGCUGUAUCUAUAUAUUGACUUAUAUUUUCAAUAUUAUAUAAUAUUGGUCCAAAGCUUUAGUAAUUGUAAAUUCACUUUCCUCUAUGAAAUGAGCAUAAUUAUUUUCGAUAAUAGGAUUACGUUCAUAUAAAUGACGAUAUUU